AUGGCCUCUACCAUUGCUGUCGCCAACGAGACGAAGAGCUCCUCUGUCCGCACCACAAAGGAUGGCAGGCAGAUCCGCUACAAUCUGCAGGUCAUCCAGCAGCCAGAGCGCGCCCGCGCCUGUGGCAGUGGCGCCAAGUCGAGCGCCGACCGUCGUCCUGUUGACCCGCCUCCCAUUGUCGAGCUGCGCGUCUUUGAAAACGACCAGGAAAUCACCUUCGCCUACAAUGCAAACUUCUUCCUCCACGCCAGUCUCGAGAACGCCCGCACCAUCGCACCGGGUCGCGCGCCCCCUACCACGCCCAGCUUCCCCGUCCUCACAGGAACCCCCGUCGCUGGCAUGGCCUACCUCGACCGCCCCACGCCUGCCGGCUACUUCAUCUUCCCCGAUCUGUCCGUCCGCCACGAGGGCAAGUAUCGCCUGAGCUUCGCCCUGUUCGAAAACCUGAGCGAGGUCAAGGACUUGGACCCUGAAGACCCCGAUGUCAUCUUCGACGGCAACCACUUCGUCACCCACCGCGCCGAGGUCAAGUCGGCUCCCUUCACCGUCUUCUCCGCCAAGAAGUUCCCUGGGCUGUCCGAGAGCACCGCCUUGAGCCGCAUGGUCGCUGAACAGGGCUGCCGUGUUCGUAUCAGGCGCGACGUCAGGAUGAGGCGCCGCGAGAACAAGUCGUCCAAGGAUUGGGACGAGUACGACGAGGAAGGUGGUGGUUACGACCACGCCCGACGUACUGCGACCCCCGACAGCUAUGGCCAGCAGCCAAACCUUCCUCUCGACGAUCGCCCACGCUCCGUCUCCAACGCCAGCAAUUCCUCUCUGGUGGCUCCUCGUCGCCCUAGCAUGGAUGACAUGGCUCAGUCCUACCCAACGGGAGGCAACUACCAGCAGAUGCCACCGCCUCAAAACACUGGAUAUUCUCCCAUGCCAUCAUACGGAUCGAACCAACAUCAGUACCAGAGCCAGUACACGGCUCCUCAGUCUACUGCUAUGAUGCAACCUCCACAGGCUCCCUAUCCUCACCAUGCCCAGCACAGCGCCUAUCAGAGCCAGCCAGGCAUGCAGAUGAACCAGCAAUAUGGCUACCAGAGCUAUCCGCAGUCGCACUACGAACAAGCACCGCCUCCCCGCCAAGAACAGCCUUCCGAGUAUGCGCACAAUACCGAUUAUCGUCGUCCCUCCAUCACGCAGUCGCCGCAACAGUACCCUGGCCCUAGUCAACUGAUACCGCCGUACAACUCCAUGGAGCAGUACAACAGACCACAACAAGUCAGCCAGCCUAUUCAAUCGAUGCACACUUCGCCCAACGUCCCCUCGGUUUCUGGUCCUGGUAGCAUGCACACGCCCAACCUUCACUCCCUGCCGACCCUCAAGACGCUGCAGCCUCCGCUGACAGCAGACAAGUCGGAACCCGUGUCGCCAAUGUACCACUCGCCGCCUAGUGCCAUGUCAACUGCCACCAUGUCUGUCAAUUCGGAUGCUUCCAACCAGAACUACGCACUACCCAAAUUCGCUUCUCAAGGCCUGCCGCCCAUGUCUGCUGCAUCUGGCCAGAAACGAUCCUUCUCCAGCACAUUCGACACUCGGCACGUAAACGAGCGUUUGACGCAAGGGGCGCGACCCAACCCCUCGGGCGCAGGCUACAACUACGACGGCUGCGACUCGCCCGACAUGGAGGAGCCCAUGGAUCGGGCUGCCAUGAGCUACCGCCGAGCCGAUGGGACGCAGCGUCAACGCCAUGUUCCCGAAGUAGGCGUUUAA